GGUGCCACCAGCGGAGUUGAAGAAAGAAAGCCAUGAAAUAUGUUAUUUGUCCUCUAUAUGUGAUGUUUGUGGUGACUUUUUUUUGCCGGGGAAACAACGAUGAAGAGAACACAAAAGUACUGCAAUACAAUGACAAAAAGCAGCUUGUAAGAAGGAUUAUAGGAGGACCGUCAUUACUCUUUUUGAGUCAUUCAGUUUUCUUUCGAAAUGAUUACCCGAUUUGCGUUCGAUCUCACCUGAUUGAACAUUCUGCUGCUGGUUAUCACCAUAUUUUAGCUUACUUUGACAGGAAAAGAAAGAAGCAAGAAAUAAAGGGGCCGAUAGUCACACG